AUAUUACUUACUUUUACUCUCUAAAAUGAAUUUUGCUUACUUACGAGGAGGAGCCUUGCCCCAUGCCAUACAUAGUUAACAAUUUUUAUGUACACUUCAAUAUUCUCCAAUCUUCCUAGAUAUGGUCAAUCAGAAUUAUGACUUAUUGGAAUAAACUAAACAUCAGAAAGAAAAAAUCAAGACAUACAUAAUAAUGACACAGAAAGUCAUAAACCAUAAUUAAACUAGCAAUUAGGAAUGAAUGCUUUGUAAAUAAUGAAAUUAACCGUCCAUAAAUAAAUUCUACAAAACCGACAAGUAGUCUUCAAAGAUAGAGACAUUUUGGCACAAGAAACCUUUAUUAAGCAUGCUCUUUUCUUAUUGGCAGAUUGUUAAUUCACUGUUAUAUAUUUAUUCAGGUAUGUAUCUACGUGUGAUUCCCUUAAUGUUGGCUUCUCAGUUCUCAUAUUCAUGCUUUAUUUCUAGGAUGGUUCGUGGAAGCUGCUUCUUACCUUUUAAAGUAUACCAAUUUAUACGCCAGAAGAAUUGCCACCUCCUCAUGGUUAUUACCAUAUAUAAAUAAAUAUACGUACUUCCCCUUUUGCAAUUUAACACUAUACAUUCGCCUAAUUCACCUUCUAUUACAAGAUUGUUAUUUUGCUAAAGAGAGACAAUACUAAAGUUCUUUCUGGUUCAAAAUUAACAUACCUCCCUAGCACAUACCUUAGUUCCAAAUUCUACAUGGAGCCUCAGCCUUCUCAUACAGGCAUUAAUGCUUCUUCGGGGACACCGAAAUCCUCUACUUUCGGUGUAGUCCGCCGACUUACCUGGACAUUUGUUUUACUCUUUCUUUUGUUAACUGUCAUCAUUGCUAUAGCUUGGAGUGUCAUGGACCCCCAUGAACCUCGUUUUCGAGUCAGUUCAAUCUCUGUGUCCAACUUCACUGUCUCUGAUUCGGAGCUCAAAGACACAUUUGAGAUUGAACUAAACAUAACAAAUCCAAACAGAAAGGUAGAAAUUAUGGUUGACCUUUUCUCUGUCUCGGUGUUUUAUCGAUCCGUGGGGCUCUCCAGGGAUAUUGUGCAGCAACCCAUCUACUUGAAGAAGUCAAGUGACAAGGAUGUGAAGAUUAAGUUUAGCUCAAGGGAUUCUUCCACCAAAUUAUCUCAUGAUUUGGUUAAUGAUUGGAAUAAAGGGAUAGUCAACUUUGAUGUGAAAAUGUUGGCUAGAAUUGUAUUUGAAGCUGGAAUUUGGCCAAGUAGGGAAAAGUUCUUGGACAUUUAUUGUGGUAAUCUUGAUGUUGGAUUUGUUCCCAUAAAGGACACAGGCAAGCUCCUAGGUAUUGGGAAGGAAUGCCAAGCUGCAAGUUAGGAAAGAAGAAUAUUCUUCUGUAUAUAAUAGUAGUAUCAUGUAGUUUGCUACAUAUAAGGUUAGAUAAAAUAAUCAUGGAACAUGCUGGUGUUACAAAACGAAGAAAUUGAAGCACAUGAUGAUGAUGGUGGUGGUGGUGGUGGUGGUGUUCAUAUUGUUUGUUGAUUGUGUACUUGUGCGGUGGUUGUUUUUUCCCAGUUUUUUUAUUUAAAUAGGCCAAAUAGGUUUAUAGAAAUAAAAAUGAAUUAUUUGGACAUAGUAAGACUUAGCACAAUAUAAGUAUAAUGUUGGUCCCAUGCCAUGGCACUUAUAUUGUCCUAAGUCUUGGCUCUCUGGAUACCAUUCAUGUUGUAAUCUAUUAUAGACACCACUUCUUUAAAGAAAGGAAAAUUUUAAGAUAA